AUGGAGAUUAAUGUGACCGAGCUAGUCGAGAGACUAGGAAAUGAAGAAGAUGCGGUGCGCAAAAUGGCCGUGUUCAAACUCCAAAGCAGUAUUGGAGACCCUUCGUUUGCAGAUGUUUUCAUCGCAGAAGGCGGCUUGACACGACUUCGCUAUCUCACCUUGAAUGCCAGUGGAAAUACCCUGGCAUACAGCUUAACCAGCUUUGCAAGACUCCUAGAAGUCGAUAAGGGAUGGGAAUGCGUGGACCAGGAAUUAGUGGAACGAGUCGUUGAGCUUAUCGUUACGCACCCUCUAGUAAACAUCUUGAGAGGUGCAAUGUCUAUUCUUGUCUCCAUCGUUUCCCAUCCUUCUCCAGCUGGUCACACAUCAAUGAACGGAGUGUUCGGAUUCCGAGCUCUGAAGCCUGCAAUCGCCAUUUAUCCGCAAUUUCUAGAAAUGCUUGUCAGCAGACUCUCUUCAGCCGAUCACGCACUCUGUGCCAAUGCUCUACAAUUGAUCAACUCGCUGAUGCGCGAUUCCAUAACAAAUGACUCGGAACUUGAAUGGCCGAAAUUUAUCCAGAAACUGCAAGAUCUCGGUGUUAUUAAAGCUGUCUAUUCGUUGAUGCAAGGCACGGCAUUACAGGACCAUGCGCACCCUCUAAUUGAAUUCCAAUCUCUCACGAAAAUUCUCCUGCGAAGAUGGCGGGAUAUAUCCUUAGACCUGGAUAAACCAGAGCAUAGGAGGGCUCUCAAAGGAAUUCAUCUUGCCAGUACUCAAGAAAAAGUAACUGAAAUUGGCAACGAUAUCCGCCGAUCAAAGAAACAUAAUUCAGACAAAUGGCGGCGAUUAGGCUUCGAGUCCGAAAGUCCGGUAUUACAAUUUGAGGAGAUGGGGUUUCUGGGCAUGAUGGACUUGGCGGAUUUUGUUCGGAAUCACCAGGACGAAUUCCAGAAAAUGCUCCUUGAGCAGUCAACUAAAUCACCUGAACAACGUUGUCCGAUUGCCCGCGCUUCCCUAUCCGUUACAUCGAUUCUAUACGACCAUUUUGAGGUUGAUAAGUCCGAAACCGAAGACAAGACUUAUUUGUUACUGGAGUCCCGUUCUAAUCUGGAUAAACUAUUCAAGCCACUUCUGUUACACUGGACCAGAUUACAUGUCGGAGGCUUGUAUGCAUUUUUCCGUCUGUGGAAAUCAACGAGCGCAGAGAUUGAAGACUACGAUAAAAUCGUUGAGCUUGUUCGUAUACUGAUCGAGUCAGUCGUUGGAAGCGCUCCUCGAACGAAAGAUGUGCAAGACGUGGAAGAAGAAUUAACAGACUUUGAAUAUAUCCGACUGCGCAACCUACAAAUGGAGCUGUUGGAGCUCACUUACGAAGACGUUUGGGGACAGCAUUUGCAGCAGGUACGCGAAGAGUUACAGCACGAGGCCCUCCUGUUUGUCAAGGAGCAAAGAAUCCGGUGUCUACUACAGGGUUCUUGGUUUCCCAACGAUGGCACCCCUAAAACGGACGGGAAAUCAGAAUAUCCCAAGUGGAGGUAUAUCCAACUCUCACACAACCGAAGAUUUCUCCAUUUUGGAGAUUUCGAGGGUAUAAAUAGAAAACGCCCGGAGCUCGAUGUGCUUACGGGGAAAAUCGACUUAUCUAUUGUAUCUUCGGUGGUCUCUAAUGUAUCAGCAUCGCCCGACAAUGCAUCUUCUUCAACAGUUAAAAGUAUGCCACAUCAUGUUUCAUCCACAAAAAUCUCGAUCUAUGGCUAUGUCCAAGCCGCCACUUCCGGUGAUAUCCAAAAAAGCAAUGGCCAUUCACGCUCGACUAGCAGAGCCACACAAAGAGAGGCUACUCUUUUAACUCUCCGUCCAGAGUCCCCAAGUGUUGCGUCUGAGUGGCUCGACGGUUUGCUCAUGCUUCUAAACCAACAACCUAUUACCGCUGAGACAAGCAAGUUGAUAAAACUAAUUAGUAACUACGGACUUAAAAUUCGGCUACUAAAUGUCCGUUUUGAUGAUGCAGAAUUUGGAGGCGAAGCCCCAUCUGUUCCGUCACGUGAUGGCCUUACUGAUGAUUACUAUUAUGAUAUCUUUGGUGGUUCCUAA